UUCGUGUAAUAUUAACUUGUAACAUGACAUUUAGUAUUUAACUAAUUUAUAUUAUAAAUUUAAUUAUGAAAUAAAAUAACAUAUAAAAAAGUACAAUUAUAUAUUUUAAUAACAAUAUAACAAAAUGAUAAUUUCAUAUUUUUUUUUAAAGGGUAUUAAAAGUCGAAUUAUAUUACCAUUUCAAUCAAAUAUUACAUUAACUGUAAUAAAAUUUAAUUCAUCAUCAUCUGAUUCUUCUUCUGAUUCAUCUUCUGAUUCAGAUUCAAGUUCUGAUUCUGAAAUUUCUAAUAAAGAUAGAAAAAAUAAUAAGGUAUUUAAAACCAUAGAAUAUUUACAAAGUGCAAAAGUUGCACAAAAAAAAAAACAAAUAGAAAAAGAAAUAACCAAAGCAGCUCAAAUCUUAACUACCACAUCAACACAAGAUAAAGAAAAAAUUCUUUUACCUUUGUUAAAAAAAAUUGGUGAUAUACAAAAUGCAGAUAAUAUAUUUACUAAAAGAAUCAAAAAAAUACGAUAAGAAAUAUUAACGACAAAUUUAAAACAAAAUAUGAUCAUAAUGCAACACAAUCAAAUAUAUCAGUAAUUAGAAUGUUACAAAUAAAACAAAAAAUGGCAAAUAUUAAUGCUAAAUUUGAAACAAAAAUUGAUAAGUCAAAAGAGAUACAAAAAGAACCAUCUAUUAUUAGAUUGCUAAAAAACCAGCAAAAAAAAAUAAAAAAUAUUGAUGAUAACUCUGAAAAAAAAAUUAAAAAAGAACCAUCUAUUAUUAGAAUG